AUGUCGUCAGACAUUUCGGGCGCCGCACACGCGCUCUCUGAGAGCGUGUCGGCCACGAUGAACACCUCCCCUGAGGUGCUUCCAUCUGCUUUUACGCGGGCGCAGGAGGUCGUCGCCGCCCAGGGCUCGUCCAGCUGGUUGGGGUUCUUUGGCCGGUUGAUUCUUGCCAUCCUGUCCCUGAUCUCCUCCAUCCUAUACUGGGCCAUACGCAUCGUCACCAUCACCAUCCCAACACUGCUCUUUACUUUGUUUUCGACCAGUUGGACGGUGACGAUGAACGCUACCACAUUAAUGGUUAUCAUGGUUGCCAUCAUAUCGGCCGUUAGCUGGGUGGUGCGAUACCGCAUCCUCAACAUGUACUCUCGACUCCCCCCAGAGCCCCAGAGGAAGGAGCCAGAUGUUGACCUGUUCCCCGACACUCAUGAGGAGGGAAAAAAGGCGGGUCUGUCCAGCUACCUGGACGAAUUUCUCAGUGCCAUCAAGAUCUUUGGUUACCUGGAAAGACAGGUUUUCCACGAGUUGACCCGUAGCAUGCAAACUCGAAAGCUCAUCGCUGGUGAGACCUUCAACCUGGAAGAGGAGAAGGGAUUUUGCAUUGUCGUUGACGGUCUUGUGGAGAUCUUUGUCAAGUCUGGCCGAAAUGCCAGAGGCCUGGGACCCGACCCGUGUGAGAGCUUCGGAGGCGAGUCUAGCUACGCAGCAGAGGAGGAUGACAUCCCACCCGCUGGACAGCAGAGAUACCAGCUGCUUACCGAAGUUCGCAAUGGAGCUCCCAUGUCGUCCCUGUUCUCCAUCAUGUCUUUGUUUACCGAAGACGUUAACCUCUGGUCAACCGAGGAUGACACUCCAGAGCCCACUGCGGGCAGCGCCGGGCUGAGGGGCUCUCCCUUUCCGCACAACCCCGAGUUUCGUCGCAUGCCGUCGGAUCCUGCCACUCCAUUCCACAUGACUGCGCAAUACCCUGACAGCGGCGACGAGAAACCAGGUGUUAAAAUUGAGGAGCCGCCAAAGCGGUCUGUCACACCUACUCCUGCCCACGCACGCAUUCCGCCUAUAUCUCUGGAUACGCCUGGCAGCGCUCGUCAGCCUAAGCGUCCACCGCUUCAAAGCCGAGCGACGUCUGGCUCAGCCCACCCUGACAUUAUUGCUAGGGCGACGGUGGACACAACGAUUGCCAUCAUUCCAGCCAGUGCAUUUCGCCGGUUGACGAAGGUUUACCCUAAGGCAACGUCGCAUAUUGUCCAAGUCAUUCUCUCACGCUUUCAGCGAGUCACACUUGCGACUGCGUACAACUACCUUGGGCUUACAGGGGAGGUCUUGCAGACUGAGAAGAACAUGCUUGCUUUUACCACAUGUCAGCUACCCAACAUGCUUCGUGGUGACGCGCUUGAGCGUUUGAAAGAAAAGUUCAACCGGGAACGCGAGCGUGUUGGCGGCGAACUUGAGAGCAAAGGCAUUGCCCUGCACAAUGCCAAUGCCCAUCGUCGUCGAAAAUCUACAUCAACCCUUCGAAAAGAUGCAAUGAUCCACUCUAUGAGUACCAAAGAGAGGUCAUUCUCGCAGGUUGCGACAACUAUUGCACCACCCAGGGAACGUUCUUCUACACACACUCCAAGUCCUGGCGAUUUGCUGGCAAACAUUCAAUAUGCCCGCAGUGGUGGUCAGCGACAGCCUAGUACAAGCAAUAUCCAUAUUGAUCACGUUACCGACGCUCUUCGCCACGAAGGCGCCAGCCCUCUUGCCCAGAGGUCCUUCAACCCCUUUGCAACUCAGAAGCACUCUCGUAUAUCGAUUGACGGCCGCGAGUCGCUUGACGAAGACAACCUUUUCCGUCAAUCUAUCCUUGAGUGCAUGUUUAAGUCGAUCGGGCUUGGCAGUAGUGGGAGUGUUUCGCGUGAGGCAGAAUCAGUCGAGGGUUCUCCUAGACUAUUUUCUUACGACCAGCGCCGUCAGAGGACUGUCCUUGGCAACAAUGCGUUCGGUCUCAUGGGACCCUUUGAGUCCUCUGGGGAUGGUGAUACGGAGUCGUUGACCUCUGGAGGGUUUACAUUGAACACGCCGCCCAACGCUCAUCUGCUGGCCAAUGAUAUGAAGGAUGAUGUUGAAAUCGUGUUCUUCCCCAAGGGAUCUGUUUUGGUUGAACAAGGCGAGCGCAAUCCUGGGCUGUACUAUGUCAUCGAUGGUUUCCUCGAUAUUUGUACAACCAACGAAGACAGCUCUGCCGACAUCCUGCACUCAUCCAGCAGAAACUCACUGCAUACGGACUACUUGGCCAUGAAUGGAUCUCCCGCACAGACUCCGGUCAAUCUCUUUGGUACUGGCAAAGAAGGAGAUGGGAAGAAGAAGCAGCCUGUCCGCCGAAGUGUAUCUCUGAUCAAGCCCGGUGGACUUGCUGGGUACGUCGGCACAGUGUCAUCCUACAGGUCUUUUAUCGAUGUCGUUGCCAAGACCGAUGUUUAUGUUGGUUUCCUGCCAAGGUCAGCACUUGAGAGAAUUGUUGAUCGCUAUCCCAUUGUCCUACUCACAAUGGCUAAGCGACUCACGAGCCUUCUACCGCGUCUCAUAAUGCAUAUUGACUUCGCUCUAGACUGGGAGCAAGUUGAUGCUGGUCAGGUUCUUUUUCAUGAAGGCGACGAAAGUGAAGCAAUUCAUAUUGUCCUCAAUGGCAGACUUCGCCUCGUUCAAGAAAAGAAGGAUGGCGGUGUCUCUGUUCGCGCAGAGUUUGGCCAAGGUGAAAGUGUGGGCGAAUUAGAAGUCCUGACCGAGUCUGUACGGCCCGGAACAUUACAUGCCAUUCGCCAGACCGAGCUUGUCAAGUUCCCUCGCACGCUCUUCAACAGUCUUGCACAGGAGCACCCUAAUAUCACGAUCAAGAUCUCCAAGAUCAUUGCAUCGCGUAUGCGAAACUUGGUUGACGAUCCUUCCCAGCUGAUGUCUAAGGAGGCUGGUGGUGCCACAUCAAUCACUAAAGGUUCUUCAUCGUUGAACUUGAGGACUGUUGCCGUGCUGCCAGUCACCUCGGGUGUUCCUGUCGUUGAGUUUGGUAACCGGUUGAUGAAUGCUUUGGCUCAAGUCGGCCCUGCAAAUGGGGCGACGUCUCUCAACCAGUCUGCCAUCUUGAACCACCUUGGCAAGCAUGCCUUCAACAAGAUGGGCAAGCUUAAGCUUUCCCAAUACUUGGCUGACUUGGAGGAGAAAUAUGGCCUUGUGGUAUACGUCGCAGAUACGAACGUCAAUUCUCCGUGGACCCAGACUUGCAUCACGCAAGCUGACUGCAUUCUUCUUGUUGGCCUUGCAGAAGGAUCGCCUGAGAUCGGCGAGUACGAGAGGUUCAUGCUGGGAAUGAAGUCGACCGCAAGGAAGCUUCUCGUCCUUCUUCAUGGCGAGCGGUACUCUCCUUCGGGCCUCACCCGGGCGUGGCUACGGAAUCGGAUGUGGAUCAACGGUGGACACUAUCAUGUGCAAAUGCCCCUCGGCGCCAACAUCAUGCCUGUGCAUCCGCCUUCCAAGAGGACGAGCACAACGCUGAAACAAAGAGUUCAGAUCAUUCAAGCAGAGAUCCAGAAGUAUACAUCUAGGAAAGUCCGACACAGUCCCUUCUAUUCGCCCGAGGCACCCUUCAAGGGCGAUUUCCAUCGUCUCGCUAGGCGUCUUUGUGGCAAGUCUGUCGGUCUAGUCCUAGGCGGUGGUGGCGCUCGAGGCAUCACGCAAAUUGGCAUCAUUCAGGCCAUGGAGGAGGCCGGUAUUCCUAUCGAUGUCGUUGGUGGAACUUCUAUUGGAUCGUUCAUUGGUGCUCUCUACGCUCGUCAUGCCGACGUCGUUCCCAUUUUUGGUCUUGCCAAGAAGUUCUCAGGCCGAAUGGCCAGUAUGUGGCGGUUUGCUCUUGACCUUACUUACCCCACGGCAUCGUACACGACUGGACAUGAGUUCAAUCGGGGUAUCUUUAAGACGUUUGGAAAGACCCAAAUCGAAGAUUUCUGGCUCGAGUAUUACUGCAACACUACAAAUAUCAGCAAGAGUCGUAUUGAGUACCACACCAGUGGAUACGCAUGGAGGUACAUUAGAGCCUCAAUGUCAUUGGCUGGUUUGCUUCCGCCCUUGUGUGACGAGGGCAGCAUGCUUCUAGAUGGUGGUUACAUUGACAACCUGACGGUCUCCCAUAUGAAGAGACUUGGAGUGGACACCAUCUUUGCAGUGGACGUUGGUGCCCUCGACGACGAUACCCCUCAGGCAUACGGUGAUUCGCUGUCCGGAGUGUGGGCAUUCUGGAACAGGUGGAACCCGUUCUCGGCGACACCCAAUCCCCCAACGCUGGCGGAGAUUCAGGCUAGACUGGCCUACGUGUCUAGCGUCGAUGCCCUGGAAAGAGCCAAGAUGAUGCCUGGCUGCUUUUACAUGCGGCCCCCCAUUGAUGAUUAUGGAACGCUCGACUUUGGCAAAUUUGACGAGCUGUACCAGAUGGGAUACAAGUAUGGACAAGACUUUUUACAGAAGCUUAGAGAUGACGGUGUUUUGCCUCUGAUGGAGGAAACAGAAGCCAAGAAGGCGAUGCGGAGGACGAUGGCGCCCAGAAGAGCGAGCAUUUAG